AUGGCCGACGAACUAGAGGGAAAUGCGCGUAAGAAGAAGGGGAAAGAAACCAUUCCUGGUGUAGUUUAUAUGAGUCGAUUACCCCCAUUCAUGAAACCAGCUAAAAUAAGAAACAUAUUUUCACAAUAUGGAGAAGUAGGACGACUAUUCUUGCAGCCAGAAGAUGCUGCUGUGAGGAAAAAGAGAAAGAAAUAUGGUGGAAGUGGAAGAAAGUUAUUUACCGAAGGAUGGAUCGAGUUUAAAGACAAACGAAUAGCGAAAGCUGUUGCUUUGAGUUUGAAUAACACACCUAUUGGGGGAAAGAAAGGAGGAUAUUACCAUGAUGAUAUAUGGAAUAUAAAAUAUCUUCCAAAAUUUCUUUGGGGACAUUUGAGUGAAAAAAUCGCAUACGAGAAAGCUACAAAAGAACAAAGAAUGAGAACUGAAAUAUCCCAGGCUAAAAAGGAAGCCAACUUUUAUAUACAAAAUGUUGAGAAAGGAAAAGCCAUAGAUGCAAUGAAAACUCGUAAAAGAAAGAGAGCUGAUCAGAAACCUGUAGAGAAGAGGUUGAGAACCUUCAGGCAGCAUCAAGUUGUUGAAGAUCAGAAAAUGACAGAGAUCAACCCUGGGAAAUCCACCGAAAAAGACGUAGGGAAGUCACUCAGUAAAGAUCUAUUGAGGAAGGUUUUCACCUCAGUCAGUGGAAGAUGAUAUUUGAUAUGCAGCUCUGGGUAGUGUUGGUUAUACUAUCACAUAUGUAGUGUUGGUUAAAAUGAAAUUCAUCCUGGUUGAUUCGCUUUUAAUCUCCGCUUUGGUAUAAGUGCACCAGGUACCAUAACGUCAGACUGCAAAACCCACUAAACCCUGUCAUACUUGCUGUUCAUUUCAUGUCGCCGUCACCAGUGGCUCAAAGAUUUCCAGGACUUCCAUGGUUUGUGACAGGCUGAUGACUUUUUCCAUUCAGUUCAGUAGCCAUAGCUAACACUAAUGAAUCAAUCAACUGGUGAUAAUUGAUCAGGCACCAGCUUUACACAGACAAUUACAGUGCCCUAAGGAACUGGAAACAGAACAUUCUUUGUGAAGCCGAAAAAAUUUAAUGUGGAUAAAAACCUUUCAUGAUUAUACUUGCAAAUUAUUUGGGCCAGCCUCUAGAUCCACAAAUUUUUGUUCUAGGAUCUUAGUGUUAGGUUUUUAAAUCUUAUGAUGAUAUAAAUAUUUUUACACUGCUUAUUGUGUACAAAAAAUGUUAAACAAUUUAUGUCAUAAAUGAUCACAGAUUCGCUCACAAAACAUUCUCAAGGUUUGAUAACAAUUCAGUUACUCUCUAUGAAGUUAUUUUGUUUAAGUAGGCCCAAACUGGGAAUCUUUAGUUUAUUUUCCAUUGUACCAGUUUUCCAUUUUACAGUCUUUUUGAUGAAAAACUGUGCAAACCCCCCUGUGGGAGGUUUUGGGCUAAACUUAAUCUUAUGACUCGCAAGACCAGAUUGUUAAUUCUCACCUCUAGCUGCUACAUAUUUCUUUCUGAAUUAGUUCAUAGAACUUGGUGUUGGAUCAAGACAAUAACUUCAACCUGAUAAGUUUGAGAAUUCUCAUUACUUUUUUCUGGAUAAUGUAUGGAUAUGAUAAGGAGAAGUUACUUCUGGGAAUUAAAGGGUUAAAGUUGUAGCAAAGUUGGCUGUGGGCGCUAUAUAUAUGGUCCAGGGUAUCCAAGGUAACCCUCCAACUGAGUUAGCGUGGCCGCACUGACUUUCCACUCACUUCUUUGAAAAAUUUAACAAACCGUGUACAUGAAAAUGGCAAACUCAUCUCGCGGGUCGAGACAACCCACACCACCUGCCCUAUUUAUAAACAUGACCGCCUGGAUCGACCUUUAUAUGGCAAGCACGUGCACGGCGAAGGUUAGUGAAUUCUCAAGGUGAAGUAGCAUAACAAUCAUCGAAACAAUUGCAAGACUGCGUGAAUCAACAAAUUAAUAAGAAUUUCUCUUCACAAUAGAGAAUGGAUUUGCUCACUCUCUGUAACGGAAGAAAUAAGUGGCUCGGAAUGUUUCUGUAUCGCGAAUGAAUUUGUUUUCAGCACUUGUUAAUAUUCACCAUUAAAAGAAAAGAAACUGAAUUUUAAAGGGGCACCUAAGUCGAAUAAAGACAUAUGGCACGUUUCGUGCUGCUGAAGUUUUAAUAUUGCAAGUAAUCCAAAAACCUUUUGGAUGGCCUCAGGGAUUUUCCCAUUUUAUCCCUUGGAUAAUAUUAAACGGCGUAAUUUGAA